AUGAAUUAUAUCAUAAAAUACUUGAUUUAUUAUAUUCAAUUUAAUUAUAUUUCACAAUCUAUUUUUAUUAGAAUAUCUUAGUUACAAAUUGGCAAUUCAAUUAAAAUUGAAAUUUAAUAGAUCUGCAUAAAUAAAUUACUCCUUAUAUCAACAGUUAUAUUCUUUAAUUAUAUCAUAAAGUAUUAAUAAUAAUGCAGUUAAAAAAAAGAAUUCGAAAAUCAUAAAGGAAAAGAGAACAUUUUAAUAUAAACUUCUUCUAAUAAAAAGGCAGAAUAUUAAGUUAAACACAGGCUUCUUUUACCUAAAGAUUUGCUUUAUAAAUUAUUCCUUUUUUUAACCCCUAAAGAGAUCAAUAACCUCAUAAGAACUCUCAACCAUUAAUAUUUGUAAUUAAUUAAUCAACAAUUCUAGAAUUAUUAUAAUAGAUUCAACACUCUGUUAUUUCAUGAUUUAUAUUAGAAGUUGAAAUUUCUACAAGAAAGAAGAUCAAAGGGAAAAUUAUAUCAAGUCUGUAAUAGGUUGACUGGUUAAUGCUUUUUACUCAGAGAACUGGACACAAUCAAGGCAAAAGCAAAUCAUGAUGACGGAGUAUAAACAUCAGUUUUAAGAGAAAUUUCUUAUGUAAGGUCCUUAAAGUGUCAUGAGAACAUUGUGUCUAUUGUAUAAGUUAAAAUAAAAAAUCAUAUAGUGUCAAUUUUAUAUGAAUAUUACACUUUGAAUUUAAGAGAAUAGUUUAAGAGGACAAAUUUAUCAAUAGAAUAGAUAAAGUCACUAUUUUUACAAAUAUGUAGAGGUGUAGAAUAUUUACAUUAAAAUCAUAUAUUACAUCAGAAUUUGAAACCGGAUAAUAUAUUUAUUAAUAAAAAUUUAGUAAAAAUUUCAGAUUUUGGAAUGUCUAAAAUGGAAACCUUUCCUAUCAUUCCCUAUACACCAAAAGAUCCCAAAGAAAGAGAAAGAAUAAAAGAGAAAGAUCUAAUAGAGAAAAAAUAGUAUUACAGUUGUGAAAUAGACACUGAAAUGGCUUUGAGGAGUCCAUUGAAUAUCUAUUUGAGGUAUUCUAAUUUUUUGGAUCACCUGAUGAAAGAGACUGGAAUUCAAUCUCAAGCGAUGUCAAAAUUAAAUUCCAAAUAUAAUCUAUAUAUAAAUGAAUUGAAAAAAAAUGAAAUAGUAGACAUUAUUUAAAAUAGAAAAUAGAUCUACGAAAAAUUACUCAUUCUUAAUACAAUAUUAGGUAAGGAAGGAGUAGAUUUAUUGUAAAAACUGUUAUGUAUUAAGCCUGAAGAUAGAUUGGAUAUAAUAGAAAUUAUACAACAUCCUUUUUUAAACGCUGUUAGUUAGAAUGCAUAGAUUUAUUACACAGAACCUAAAUUCAAAGAAUAUCUGAAAUUUCAAACUGAAAUCAAUCAAACUAUGCGGAGUACCUUAAUAGAUUGA